AUGAGCCUAAUGCUAGAUGCUCUCUUGCUUUUAACUGGAUGGACUCACGUCCUCCUCGCACCUUACACCAAGGUCGAAGAAAGCUUUAAUCUGCACGGAAUACACGAUGUUCUUAUGUACGGCGUCAGUACAAAGGCUUUGCCAAAGUAUGACCAUUUCGUCUUCCCUGGCGCAGUACCUCGAACCUUUAUUGGGAGUACGUUGUUGGCAUGGGCAGUACGACCGAUAGCCAAUAGUGUUCUUCCGUUCGGGCUUCUUCAGACCAAAUUUGACCUCCAGAUUAUGGCACGCCUGGUUCUGGCAACCACCAACGCUUUAGGCCUUUGUCUGAUUCGAAGAGCCGUCUCUCAGAGAUUCGGAAGACUCACGGGUCUAUUCUUCGCGGUUUUGACGUGUACCCAGUUCCACCUGCCUUUUUGGAUGGGACGAACUGUGCCUAACAUGUUUGCACUCUUUUUGGUGAACCUUUCGACCUACCUCUUGCUGAAGCGGGCACCGAAUGCCUUACGACUAUCAUCCGCGACAUCCUCGACCAUCAUCUCUCUCCUCACCUUCACCGCCGUCGUCUUCCGGGCCGAAGUCGCGCUCUUCCUGGCGCCCGUCGCGUUACAACUUCUCCUCACCAAGAACAUCGGAUUCCGAAAGUUAAUCACCGUCGGGCUCACGGCUUCCCUCCUUUCCAUUGCAACGACAGUUUUGGUCGAUUCUUAUUUCUGGAACCAACCUUUGUUAUGGCCCGAGUUCUCGGCCAUCUACUUCAACGUUUUCCAAGGCAAGAGUGCGGAAUGGGGAGUCUCCCCGCCUUUGACCUAUUUUACCGCAUUCCUUCCCAAGCUCCUGUUAUCGGCUCUACCGCUCUCGAUAAUCGGAAUGGUGACCGACCUCAGGAUAUUCCGGUUGUUGCUUCCUUCGUGGAUCUUCGUUACCUUGAUCAGCUUCUUGGGACACAAAGAAUGGCGUUUCAUCGUCUACGUCGUUCCGAUAUUCAACGUUGCCGCUGCUCGAACAUGCAAGUCACUGGUGUCUUUCCCCAAGAACGGCCGCAUGGGACGCAUUCUCUUCGCGAUCCCCUUCGCGUGCAUCCUGGCAAACCUUGCCUUCACCUCAUUCACCACCUACGCCUCGAUAAUAAAUUACCCUGGUGGCGAGGCAAUGCGACAAUUCCACGCGCUAUACCCUCCUCACUCGAAGCCAGUCCACGUGCACAUUUGCAAUCUCGCCGCACAAACCGGUGCCUCACUCUUCCACCACCUCAAUUCACCUCCUUCAUGGCCGACGCUGGAGCCUAACGUCCAAUCGGCUUGGAUUUAUAACAAGACUGAAGGCCUCGAGAUCGACGAUCUACUGGGCAACUCGCGCUUCACCCAUCUUAUCAUCGAAACCCCGCCUACCGAUCGGUUACUUAGACGCAGGCCGUGGAAGGUUGUCGACAGUAUCCGGGCAUUCGAUGGCGUCAAACUGGACCUUUCUGCAACUAAAGGCCUGCUCCAAGCGCGGGACGCUACCGGGUUGAUUCAGCGACUCUCCCAUGCAAUUACUAGCACCAUACAGAUCAAAAGGACGGACAAGCUUUGGAUAUUGGAACGGCAAUCGUAG